UGUAACCGUAGAAGAGGGGUCAAAUCGGUGAGCUCCGAACGGGCUUCAGAUGAUGCCCACCCCGCUUCGGGGAGAAGCCUCGGGCGGGAUGCCUGUGCCCCCUCGGUUGUUUCUGAUCCAGUUCACCUUCGCCUGCCUCCGUGGGCACCCAUGAAGCCCCCGCUGAUGAAGGCCCGAGCUGCCAAAGUGAGGCGGAAAGUGGCCGGGGACACUGAGCAUGUACUGGCGCGUCGGGUUCGCUUGGACGGGGUCGUGUGUGGUUGAUCUUGGCCAAAACCAGAGCUUCUCCUCCGGCCUGUUGGGCUCCGAUGAGCAGCUCUCGUUUUAUGGAUACAUCAUCGCCUACCCUCUGCAGGACUACGGCGGGAUAAUGUCAGCUUUGGGCUCAGACUCGUGGUGGCGGAAAACGCUGUAUUUGACUGGAGGAGCUCUGCUGGCUGCCGCUGCUUAUCUGCUGCACGAACUGCUGGCAAUCAGGAAGGAGGAGGAGCUGGACUCUAAAGAUGCCAUCAUACUCCAUCAGUUCUCCAGGCCCAACUCUGGUGCACCAUCCCUGUCUCCUUUCUGCCUUAAGCUGGAGACCUACCUCCGUAUGGUUGACCUGCCCUACCAGAACUACUUUGAUGGGAGGCUUUCUCCACAGGGAAAGAUGCCAUGGAUUGAGUAUAACCAGGAGCAUGUGUUUGGCACUGAAUUCAUCAUUGACUUCUUGGAAGAGAGGCUGGGCGUAAGCCUCAAUAAGAGUCUAACACCUCAGGAGAGAGCCAUGUCUCGUGCCAUCACAAAAAUGGUUGAGGAGCACUUCUACUGGACCAUAGCUUACUGUCAGUGGGUGGACAACUUGGAGGAGACCCAGAAGAUGCUGUCGGUGAGCGGACCACUGAGCGACCUGCUCAAGUGGAUCUUGAGUCACCUGACCGGUGGAAUCGUUAAGCGGGAGAUGUAUGGCCACGGGAUUGGACGGUUUUCUACCGAGGAGGUUUACGCCUUGAUGGAGAAAGACAUGCGUACACUGGCCACCUUGCUAGGUGAUAAGAAGUACCUUAUGGGCUCUAAGCUUUCAACAGUAGAUGCUGCAGUGUUCAGUCAUCUGGCCCCAGCCAUGUGGAUGCUGCCUGGAUCACGGCCGGAGCAGCUAAUCAAAGGUGACCUGAUCAAUCUGGCAAUGUACUGUGAGCGCAUACGCCGCCGAUUCUGGCCUGAGUGGUUUGUAGACCUGGAAGACUUCCGCUACGACGACACCACAGAAGGCAGCGACUCACGUUCCAAACUUCCAGAUCUGGGCCUCUACUCCUGCACGGACACUUCCGAGGACACCACACACUCACACACUUCACAUACACACACGCCACAAGACCCACAGUCACCCAUCAGCGACCCUACAGGCCAUUCACUGUAUGACUCUGACAUGGACACUGAGUGCUCUGAAAUAGACCCGCCCAAGUGUUGACAAAACAUACACUUUUAGUAUACACACACCACAGGGGGGAGCUGCAUCCCACCUGUGCACAUGCCCUCCUACCUCUUUGAGCAGAAUAAAAAAAAGUUGGCGACUCUUUCUGCCGUUGCCUGCAUCAGCUGAGAUGUGGAGGACAUGAAACUGCAAACUCUAGUGAAGGAAUAAUUGCAGUAGAAGGGGAAAAAUGCAACACACUUAGGUCAACAGAGAAUACACUCAGAAGAAGAAUGAGAACAUAAAUGUUGCAGUGGAGAUUUAAAAAAAACUAGAGAGGAGUAAAUGAUGCUGUUACUGAGAAACUCCUCCACGAGGUUAACAUGAUCUGCAGUCACAACCUUUUUUCUUAUGUUGCAUAGUUGUAACCAUGGCAACUACAUGCUGUGUGCUCCCCCCGUGGUCCCUCGUAGCAAUUUGCGCCACCCAGCCUUGUGUGUGUUUUGGUCCGUUAAUGCCUUGUACUGAAAUUACAUCAAGACUUAAGGAGAUAUACAGGACUCAUGUGAAUGAAUACAAUUCAGUGUAAAUAUAUAAAGUAAUCAAAUUGAAUUCUCAUAUUUAUUAGAUAGAAUAUUUGAUUAUAUUGUGAAUAUAAAUUAUAUAUAUAUAAAGAAUCAUCCUAUUUAUGAUAUAGUGUAAAUACUGUUGUUUUUUCUUCUACAAAAUCCCUUCUGUGUUGGACACAAACUAUCUCCCAGAUCCCCACUCUGCUGGUCUAGGAUUAGCAAGAGGAGUCCUUGCAUCUGUUUACACUUCAGGGAUGCUACAGUAAUGCCUGCUGCCCAUAUUUAAGUAUUGCUGUAAAAUUUCUGAGUGAAUAAUGGAGCACUUUUCAGCUGUAGUUUGCCUCAUAUACACAACAAUUUGCCAACAAAUAAUUAGUAUCCUCACAUUAGAAUCAUAUACACACAUCACACUCACAACAUACAUCCCAUAUGAAUAUAUGUUUUACAUGCAAUUAGAGCAAGUCAAACAAUCUUUUUAAAAACAGAAUAAAUUCAUGUAUUAAGAAUUACAGUGCAUGGCUGGUAUGUGCCAAUAAAUUCUCCCUUUAUACUUUUUAUACUUCAUGAAGACAAAUUUAUCUACAUUUCUUAGCUGGCCUGCUCAAGUUUGAUGUUGUGAUGCAGAUUUUUCUUUUCUUUUCUUUGUCAGUGCCUCUGGCCAAAUCAACCAUAAGAAAAUGUAGCUGAUGGAUUUUUUUUUUGUUGUUUGUGUUCUGGUCUGUUUUAAACUGAUGCUUUCUCUAGAAAACAUUGUGUAAAGCAAUAAGAGGGCAGACACUCUGUUUACCUCUACUUUAUGCUUAAGUGGACUGUGCAGGAUUUUGAGGGGUGUGACGGCAUGGUGCAGGCUUUAUGUGUGUUUGUCAUUCAGCAAAUGCUCAUACAGCACCAUUGUGGUGUGUUAAGGCUGCUUAAGAUGUGAGCAAAUAGUACAGCUAUCCAAGAUGCAUGUGGAGUCAACGUCUGUGUAUAAAUGAUGACAUAUUAGUGAAGCUUUUUUCCCUAAUGCGCACACCUACACACAUAUAAAGUAUCAACAGUGCUCACUGUUGUUCAGUAAGAUUUUUUAAGAAAAAAUAAAACAAAACAAAUACAUCCAGCUAUGAUAGCAUGGUGGUACUGCUUAUGUUGCCUUUUAGCAAGUGUCUAGUUUCAAUAGAAAUCGGAUUAGCUAUAUUAAGGGAAUCUUCACAGAAAAAGACUCAUCGAUCACCCAGGCAAAAACACUUGAUGGUAUUUGUUUUAAAAAAAAUCUGAAGAGGGGAGACAGAGAUCCAAAGAUCCACUGGAUUAGGUGCUUUAAAAAUAUUUUACAGAAACUCAUGUGCUGAUCCAUUGAUUCCUUUUCUAAGUUUACUGUCAUUUAAUUCUACAUCUCUAUGCAGUGGCUGUUUAUACAGUUGAUGCUGCUGUAUACCAUUAAAACAUGAUGAAGAAGGGAAGUAAAGCACUGUAAACCAUUUAAAGAUGCUUUAGAGUUGUUGGAUUAUUUUCAUUAUUUGAAAUCCAGGUAUCAAUCUUAAUGGAGAAAUAUUUAUGGGGCGUGUCUGAAUUUUACAGGAAGGACAGCUCCAAGCAACCGAGACGAAUUUUACAGGAUCAAAAGCAUUUUUUGAUAGAAUCAGGAUUGAAAAUACUAAUAUUUCCACACAAAUCUAUCUUCAUUUGAUUGAUCGAAUAUCCUUUAAUUAAACAUUUCCCUGUAGAUGUGUGAAGCAUUGUUCCCAGUAGUCUCACAUGGGUUUCCUCUUUGGAAGAAUGAGCAUGAAUAGUUAGCAAUAAGAAACAGACUUCAUUAACAGAAUUUAAUGAGCAGUUCUGAGAUUUUAAGAAAUUUUCAAUUAUAUAAUUUUAGAUAGAAAUAUUGGGCUUAAAGCAAAACACUUAGGAGAAAGACAUCAGAGAAGUGUGUUUAUGUGUGUGUGAGAUGUUGCUGCUGAAUUUCAGUAAAAUAACCCACGAUAAAACUGAACAUUUUAAUGGAAAAUGUUUGUUUUUGUGUCUUAAAAUUGCCCUAACCCUGCCUGCAUGCUAUUGCCUUCUCUUGACAGUGGUCAGAUUUAGUCUUAUGGAAACUGAAGCUAAACUGUUUACCUUUUACCAGUGCCAGCCAGUUUUUGUUUUUAUAUGUUAAAGGUAUGUAUUGAUAUUAAUUUCAAUGUGAUUGCUUAAUAUUGUUCAUUAUUUUGUAUUUUUACUCUUUAUGUUUACAUGUGUUUUGUUCAAUGGAGGAAAAUUGUUCCAAAACCAGUUUAUUGAUUUGAGUGUAAGUGAGAGUCCUGCUGACAUCUAACACUAAGCAAACUGCAUACUUUCAUGCUGUCACUUAUUUCAUUGCUACAUGUGCAUCCUCCUUUUCAGAUAACUCUUGUUAAGCAUUCAAAUUCAUCAUGAAGGAGUAUCAUUUCUGCUGCUGUUAUAAAUCUAAAAAAAAGUUGAAAAUUUACUCUGAGUUUCCUGUUCUGCUGAAGCCACAACAUUGACUUACUGCUUGAUCUCAGGUCAGCAGGGUGAGGUGGGCCAACCUGCUGAUUAUCAGUCUCUUCAUCUUUUUGUUUUCACUACAGUUCACCCGUUGUGGGACAAAACUGCAGAAGUCCUUCCUGAUCUGUGUCUGUGUCCAGCUCCAUUUGUCUCUGCACUCCUCAGCAUUUAAAGGUCAGGGGCCGAGGUUUGACCCUACCAUUCAAGCUGCUUUCUCAUCAUAAUUCCUGCUUAUUGCAUUGCCUCUUGAUGUUGUGUGUGCUGAAAUACUUGUGGAAUCUCAUCAGUCUGUAAAUAAAUAAAACCACAAAACACUUAAUUAAUAUACCAACAUGACCUAAAAGAAAUGCUCUGUAAGGUUAAAAAAAUUCUUAUGAAUGUGUCAUAACUAGGGAUGAAAAGCUGUAUGAAAAUGGAUUCAUUAUAGUAUUUCAUUAAAUAUAGCUGUGAUAUUU